CAAAACAAAACUAAAGGUAAAUAUGUUCAAUUUACUUUGCUUCAUCUUCGUCUUCUUCGUUUUCUUCGUUUUCUUCUCCCCUUUUGCCACCUCCACCUUAUUGUUCCAGGGUUUCAACUGGGAAUCAUCCAAAAAGGCUGGAUGGUACAACUUUCUCCGGAACUCCGUUUCCGAUAUAGCCAACGCCGGCGUUACUCACGUUUGGCUCCCACCACCCUCCCAUUCAGUUAGUCCCCAGGGAUACCUGCCGGGAAGGCUAUAUGAUCUCGAUGCAUCAGUGUAUGGAUCUGAGGCCGAAUUGAAGUCGUUGAUCGAUUCUUUCCAUCAAAAGGGAGUCAAAUGCGUUGCUGACAUUGUGAUAAAUCAUAGAACAGCCGAGAGGCAAGAUAGCAGGGGUAUAUACUGCAUUUUCGAAGGUGGAACUUCUGAUGAUCGUCUAGAUUGGGGACCAUCUUUCAUUUGCCGAGAUGAUACGGCCUAUUCCGAUGGCACAGGGAAUCUCGACAGCGGAAUGCCCUAUGAACCUGCCCCGGAUACCGAUCAUCUCAAUACGAGGGUACAGAACGAGUUAUCCGAUUGGUUGAAUUGGUUAAGGACUGAAAUUGGAUUUGAUGGAUGGCGUUUUGAUUUCGUAAAAGGGUAUGCCCCAAACAUAACCAAAAUCUACAUGGACCGAACUUCACCGGACUUUGCGGUCGGAGAGAAAUGGGAACAGUUAAACGACGGACAAGAAGAUUCACAUCGUGCCGACUUGAAAGAUUGGAUCGAAGCCUCCGGAGGCGUCGUGACGGCAUUCGAUUUCACCACAAAAGGGAUUCUGAACGAUGCUGUGCAAGGGAAGUUAUGGAGACUGAAGGACUCCAAUGGGAAACCUCCUGGACUGAUUGGACUCUUACCCCAAAAUGCAGUAACUUUCAUAGACAACCACGACACUGGAUCCACACAAAACCAAUGGCCGUUUCCAGCUGAUAAAAUAAUGCAAGGAUAUGCUUAUAUUCUAACCCAUCCCGGCAUCCCCUCCAUAUUUUAUGAUCACUUUUUCGAUUGGGGGUUCGAAGACGAGAUCAAUAAACUGGUGGAAAUCAGGAACAGGAAUGAGAUUCAAAGCACAAGCACAGCUAAUAUUCUGGCUUCGGAGUCUGAACUUUAUAUGGCAGCCAUUGAUGAUAAAAUCAUAAUGAAGAUUGGACCAAAGAUGGAUCUUGGAAACCUUGUUCCUUCCAACUACCAGCUCGCCACCUCUGGGAAUAACUAUGCAGUGUGGGAGAAGAAGUGACCAAAUUGAAAAAAUAAUU